AUGUUAGACUAUGUAUUCAAAAACCAUACAAAUACAAUUUACGACGCUUAAUAAGUGUAGUAAAUUAUAGAUCAGAUGAUGGAAAUAUCAAAUACGAAUUAGUUAGUAAAUCCCUAGAUUGUUGUGACUCCUUAGAAAUUCUUUAAAGUAUUUUAUAAAUGAUAUUUUGAUAACCUCUUGGCUGUCUAUAGUUGAUAAGAAACCUCCAGUCAAUAUUUGUUUUUUAUUCUCUCAAGAUGGCAUAAAAAGCUUCCUUACUAAACCUUCAAAUUAAUGGAAAUUUAUUCCAAAAUAUGAAAGUAAAAUGUAAAAUAAGUAUAUCAGAUUAAAAUGAACCAGACUUGACUUAUCUGUAUAAUAAGAAUAGUAAACUCAUUGAUAUUGUGCAUAAGUUACAAGUUGAAUUUAGACUAAAUUACCCAUACGUCUAAAAUACUGUUGCAAAGGAUCCUUCAAAAAUAGAAUUAGAAAAAAAAAUAAUAAAGUACACUGAUAAAGUAUUAAUGAUAUAAAUCAAUCUUAGAUGGAAAAAGACUGGAAAGGUGUUAAAGAUUUAGGAGACGAAUUAUUGAAAGAAUAUAUAUCAGUUUAAGAUUAAAGAGUUAAACUCAAACAACUUAAGAACUAUAUAGCAGAGUUGAAUGAUAAAUUAGCAGACGAAAUUUAAUGCAUGAGUUAGUUUUAAGCCGAUUAUUCAUAAGAAGAAGUUAAUGAAGAUAACAUCCUUAAAAUAUUAGUUUUAGAUUAAGCAGAAGAUUAAAUUUGCAACUUAUAAGCAAGCAUCUAUGGGAUACGUGACACAUAUAAAUAUACAUAAAAUCGAAUGAAAACCAGUAGCAAUGUAACUUUAGAGUGGGUUUGUUCAAUCGUAAAGUAGUUGGCUGAAUAGGAGUUUAAUGAUAUACAAUUAUUAAAAAAGUGCAACAGAUGCUUAUACAAUUAAUGA